AGCUGGCUCUCCACGGUGCAGCAUCCAAUCCACGGUAGCUUCUCUCUAAGGGCAGGAGGGAGAGGAAGAAUGCCGGCGUGAGGUCUGGGCGCUAAGGAGGGAAGAGAGCUUGAAACUGGGUUAAGGGACGGGGAUCACUUGCCCGUGCCAUGGAGCUGCACUGCUGGGCACGCACAUGCACUGGAGCUCUGUAGUGAGAAAAAGAGUUGCAAAGAGACAGAAAGGAGUUUGACAGACAUAGACAUUGCAUGAGGAGGAGAGGAGAGCUGCAGGCAAAUGAUCCAGGCUUUUGGGGGCUGUUUGGAGGACUUUAAGCUGUGGAAGAGGCUUCUUCCUGGGGGGCUGCAGAUGCACAGACAAGCCCAUCGUUUUAUCCAGCACUGGCUUAUCCAUUGAGGAAAGGGACCUCUGCUUCUUUAAAGAAAGAAAGUGAAUCUAAAAGAAGACAGAAAGGACUCCAUAAGCUUUUACAUUUAACUUUCAUCAGAAAAAGAUAAUCAAUUUGGAUCUGAUGUUGCCGUUUUCUUGGACCACUCAACCUCCUGCUCUGGAAUAAGUUUAGAAUGUUCUGCAGUUUUCCUUUUUAAGGAGGGUUUUAAGCUUCUCUGUUGCAGUUCUUUGGAUGCAUAAGAGAGAAAGCGUGACACUUAAAUGGAUCUGCCUUGUCUCCCUCUAUAGCGACAAUCUUCUGCCUUUUACUGCCAAAUGAACACAGAGGUUUUUUAAAAAUCACCUGGACAAUUCUCUUUCAGCAAAGGGGUUGGCAUCAGCCCUUGCCCCUCCGCUUAUACUUCUUCUUUUGGUGAACGAGGGGAAACUUCCCUUCACUGGCACCCUCCCUUCUGUUGAAAUGGCUUUCCUGGUCCGUUGCUAUGCCAACUGCUUGCAGCCGUGGUCCUCCAAACUUCCUGCUGACCUUAAUAAGAUGCACCUUACAGACCACGCACAUCACCAGGUGAUGCGCAUGCCUCCCAGCCAAUCAGGAUGCAGUAUUGCCAGCGACUCGGGGAGUAGCAGCCUAUCCGAUAUUUACCAGGCCACAGAAAGCGAGCUGGGAGAUGUGGACCUGUCCGGACUUCCAGAGGCUGCGGUGGACAGUGAGGAAGAGGAGGAAGAUGAGGACUUGGAGAGAGCUUCAGACACUCUUCUGGGCCGAGACCUGGUUCGAGAGAGUCUGGAAAAAGACCCAGCCGACCGCAACGACGACGACAUCGAGCAACUACUGGAGUUCAUGCAUCAGCUGCCUGCCUUUGCCAACAUGACCAUGUCCGUGCGGAGAGACUUGUGUAGUGUCAUGGUGUUUGAGGUGGUGGAGCAGGCUGGCACCGUCAUGCUGCACGACAAACAAGAGCUGGACCUCUGGUACGUUAUCCUAAACGGGGCAGUGGAGAUCAGCCAUCCAGAGGGAAGAGUGGAGACUCUGUGUAUGGGCAACAGUUUUGGAAUCUCACCCUCACUGGACAAACAGUACAUGAACGGAGAAGUUCGCACCAAAGGGGACGACUGCCAGUUCGUCUGCGUUGCCCAGGAGGACUACUGGCGCAUCCUCAACCAUGUAGAGAAGAACACGCACAAGGUGGAGGAGGAGGGGGAGAUUGUGAUGGUGAAAGAGCACCGUGAGCUUGACCGUAGCGGAACCAGGAAGGGACACAUUGUCAUCAAGGGAACCCCAGAGCGUCUCAUCAUGCACCUGGUGGAGGAACCGUCGGUGGUGGACCCCACUUACAUCGAGGACUUCCUGCUGACAUACAGGACCUUCCUGUCAAACCCCAUGGAGGUCGGCAAGAAACUGCUGGAUUGGUUCCAUGUUGACAGCCUCCGGGACACAGUGACGAGAAUAGUGCUGCUGUGGGUCAAUAACCAUUUUAAUGACUUUGAGGGUGACCCGGCCAUGACACACUUCCUGGAGGACUUUGAGAAACAUCUAGAAACCACAAAAAUGAAGGGCCAUUUGCGGCUGCUGAACAUAGCAUGUGCAGCCAAGGCUAAGUGGAGACAGAUUACUCUGCAGAAGGCAUCCAGGGAGUCACCGCUCUACUUCAGCGUGCAGGGCGGCAGCGAGAGAGGAUUCGGUAUCUUUGUUGAGUCGGUAGAAGUAGGGAGCAAGGCAGCAGAGGCCGGACUCAAACGGGGGGAUCAGAUCAUGGAGAUCAAUGGUCAGAACUUUGAGAACAUCUCCUUCUCCAAAGCUGUUGACAUCCUGAGAAACAACACACACCUCUCUCUCACUGCCAAAACCAACAUAUUUGUCUUCAAAGAGCUCCUCAGCAGGAUUGUGCAUGAGAAGAAGAACGGCGGGCCUCACAUUCCCAAGAUCCAGGAGAAAAAAGGCAAUCGCUUCUCCAUCCCAGACCUUCCUGGAGACAUGGAGUUUCCUACAGACCACAAGAGCACCAGGAAACUGAAGGCCAACACUGUGUCAGGAGGACGAAACAAGAUCAGGAAGAUGCUGGAGAAGACGCGCUUUAGUAUACUGCCACCCAAACCAUUCAGGGGCCUGUUUGGUGAUGGUGGCAUGGGUCAGUCUCAGGACGACAGCAUUGUGGGUACCAAGCAGUGUCGUCACAGCGUGGCCAUUAUGCCCAUCCCUGGAAACCUGUCGUCCAGCAGCCCCGACCUGCUUCACCCGGCCUCUAGCGUCCUUGACUUCUCCAACCCUGCAGCCCUGGGACUGUACUACAUCCCAGACCAGGUGAUUCGUGUGUUCAAGGCCGACCAGCAGAGCUGCUACAUCAUCAUUAGUAAGGACACUACCGCCAAGGAUGUGGUUGCCCACACUGUCAAUGAGUUCGGCCUCCUUGCAGCAGCCGAGACCUACUCGCUGUGUGAGGUAUCAGUUAGCCCAGAGGGAGUCAUAAAACAGCGGCGUCUGCCCGACCAACUCUCAAAACUGGCUGAUCGGAUUCAGCUCAAUGGCAGGUACUACCUGAAGAACAACAUGGAGACAGAGACGUUGUGUUCAGACGACGAUGCCCAAGAUCUCCUCAGAGAGAGUCAGAUCACUCUGCUGCAGCUCAGUACCAUGGAGGUCGCUGCCCAGCUCUCCAUGAGAGACUUUGAGCUCUUCAGGAACAUCGAGUCCACCGAGUACGUGGACGACUUGUUUAAACUGGACUCUUCGGUGGGAAGUGGGAAUCUAAAACAGUUUGAGGAGGUGAUAAACCAGGAGACCUUCUGGGUAGCCACAGAGAUCCUGAAGGAGCCCAACGCCAUGAAGAGGAUGAAAAUCAUCAAACACUUCAUUAAGAUCGCCCUGCACUGCAGAGAGUGCAAGAACUUUAACUCGAUGUUCGCCAUUAUUAGCGGUCUGAACUUGGCACCAGUGAAUCGGCUACGGAGCUCAUGGGAGAAAUUGCCCAGUAAAUACGAGAAGCUGUUCGUAGACCUGCAGGAUGUCUUCGACCCAUCCAGGAACAUGGCCAAGUACCGCAACGUCCUGAGCAGCCAGAGCAUGCAACCACCCAUCAUCCCACUGUUCCCAGUGGUCAAGAAGGAUCUCACCUUCUUGCAUGAAGGCAACGACUCCAAUGUAGACGGUCUUGUGAACUUUGAGAAGCUGAGGAUGAUCGCCAAGGAGAUCCGACACGUGGUGCGGUUGACCUCGGCAAACAUGGACCCUGCCCUCAUGUUCAGACAGAGGAAGAAGAGGUGGAAGAGUUUAGGGUCUUUGAGUCAGGGCAGCACCAACUCCAACAUGCUGGACGUGCAGGGUUGUGCCCAUAAAAAGCGAGUACGUCGCAGCUCGCUCCUCAACGCUAAGAAGCUGUACGAAGACGCCCAGAUGGCCAGAAAGGUGAAGCAGUACCUGUCCAACCUGGCAGUGGAGAUAGACGAGGAGAAACACCAAAUCAUGUCCCUGCAGUGUGAGCCGGCUUACAGCACCUUGUCUAAGAACUUGGGUGAGAGACGAUCUACUAAGUCAGACAUGUCUCCAGUGUCUCUGCGGUCGGCUCUGCCCUCGGGGAAAACACAAAACAGGGUGUCACAAGUCCUUCAGGUCCAGGUCCCUCUGAACCCUCUACGGAAGAAGAGCACUGCCAAGGACAUAGGCCCACCCAACUCCCACUCUCCCCAGGUGGUGAAGAAACCUCCAGUGAACUCGUCAGAGGAAUGGAGUACCAAGAGACCAUCUGAUGACACCGUCUCCACCAUCUCCUCCCUUCACUCCAGCCCCACGGUGUCGCCACAGGGCUCCCCACGCAAAGUGGGAGGCGUGGCCAAGUCCCAGAACUCCAGCCAGAUGAACUUGUCCGGAUCUUCGUUGUCACUGACCAGUGACGCCAGCACAAAGGCCGGCACCAGCAGCCUGCGGAGCUACGGCAUAGGGUACGCUCUCCUGCCAGCCGGUAAAGCAGACAACCUGUCGGACUCAAGUCACAGUGAGAUCUCCUCCCGCUCCAGUAUCUGUUCCGUCGACUCCGUGCCGGCUCCUGGGUCUGACGACCGAUGUUACAGCAGCAACAGGACCUGUAAUGCUGCUGCUGUUUUUACUCCUACAACUACUACUACAACUUCUGUUGCAGUUGUUGAGAGCAUAGCAGCAACUCAUGCAUACUUAAAUGCUGAGUACAACCAGCCCAGCACAAGUAGUUCCUCGUCAUUGGUUCGAGGAUAUGUUUCGCGAGCCUCCACCUUCACCUCCUCCAUCUCAACGGAGGAGCUGACCCCGGACCACACCUCUCUGGACUCUGUGGCAGACAGCGGCCGCGGCAGCUGGACUUCAUGCUCCUCCAACUCCCACGACUCCUUCCAGAGUCUCCCCCCCUCCUCCUGCCGGCCCUGGGACCACGGCAUCCACGGGCUCCCGCACACACACCUGGGUGCCUUCAAGCACACACAGCUGGCUGGACCGAUAGCCGAGGUCGAGGGCGCCGCUCGCGCCUGGGUGAACGAAGAUGCCACUAAGCAUCACUCCAGAAACUCCAGCUCAGAUCUGUCCAAUCAGUCGCGGCAGAGCUGGGCGUCGUCCAGCUCGCUGUCGGACACGUACGAGGGGAAUUACGGGACGAUAAAGCGGCGAAACACCUCGGAACAUCCCUCCUCACCAACCAACGAAGAAGGAGGGCAAAGCACAGACCCUGUCUACAAAACGGUGACGUCAAGCACAGAGAAAGGCCUGAUAGUGUACUGUGUAACAUCCCCCGCCAAGGAUGAGCGUUACCGAGCUCCCCCUCCCACCCCUCCAGGCUACCAGGGUCUGGCCCUGGGGGAUCUCGGCCUCACAGACGGAGUAGUAGGUGGGCCAGGAGGUCUCCUCCCGAGGCCUCCUCACCUCCGACCGCCCGACUACAGCGUGGCCCUGCAGAGGAGCAAACUCCUGCAGAGCCCCGGAGCGGCCGGCGGUCUGGCUGAGGCGCGGAGGCUGGCUAGUAACCAUCACCACCUAGAGGCCCGGACAGCUGGCUCCACGCAGGGCCAGUCCAGACCGCCCAGCAUCUGCCUCCCACCAAAGGAGCUGGCUGACAGUGAGGACGAUGAGCAAGUGUCAGCAGUGUGAAGACAAGUAGUAUUGAGGCCAACAGGCUUUGGACUAAACCAGCAGCCUGCCAUAAAAACCUAUCCGAGCACAUUCUCCAAGCCCCACACAAUCCUGUGACAUCACCACGGACCAUGAUGCCCCUCUCGACUAGACCAGUGCAUCUUGUGAUCUCUCUUUUCCACCUCCCAAGACUUUUACAAUGAACUAUUUUUAAACCCAUUUCACAAAACAAAGAAGAGAAGAAAGAUUUUAGAUACUUUUAAAAAGUUGUUAAACAUGCAGAAAAAGGCGGGGGACGGACGUAUAAAAGGCUGCCUCGGAAACUGACCACCACGUACCUCCAUCUUGCGCUCCAAGCGCUCUUGUUUAGUUAGAGGUGUUUCACAUUGGUUUUAACAGUUUAAUUGUUGUACAGAGAUUCUUAUUUUCAUUUGCAUUUUUGAGCUUUGCAAAGUUUUAUGUGAGGAGGAGUAGCAGACAAAGGCAUAGAAAGCUGUAGUCAGUACUCUAAAUAUGACGGCAUCAGCUCAUGGGGAGUUCUUUUGUUUUGCUUUUUUUGUUUGUGGUUUGCUGUCAGCUCAAAAGAAGAUGAAUGGAGAUGAAUAAAAGACAAGAUUUGGGGUUUUUUAAGGGGUCGUUAUGGGCCUCUAUCAAACCCUGGCACUGAUGAUUUAUGUACAUAAAUAAGAUCAGUUCCUAAACAAAUAAAUCAAAUGGCAACCAUAUUUUUCCCUCCUCCUUGGGAGGUGAAAAACAAGAGAUUAAACUCCUGAAGUAGCAGCCAGAGACCAUGUCUGUUUGUGUUUGCCACCUAUUGUACUUUGUUGAUCUUUACAGAAAAAAAAAAAGA